AUGAUUCAGAGUAAUAGCAUAACAGUUAUUCCGUGGGUCUUACUCCUCACUACUGUGUUUACAGAUGUGUUAUCAGACACUCAGGUGACCCAGGAUCUCUAUCACCAGAUUACAGAACACCAGGAUGUCACCCUGAGAUGUAAUCACAGCAUAAAAAAUUAUGAUCUUCUGAUCUGGUUCAAGCACGUAUCGGGGCUCGGCUUGGAGAUUUGUGCUCAUGGUCUUAGCACAGCUACUUACCUCAUCCCAAGAUACUCUAUGACUAUAGAGAGAGACACACUUAUUACACAGCUCCAUAUAGUGAAUGUGAAGGGGGAAGACACAGCUGUGUAUUACUGUGCAGUGAGUGGAAGUACUUGGGGAAAGCUGGUAUUUGGAGGAGGAACACAGCUAAAUAUUAUUCCAAAAACAGACAGGGACCGUCCUUCGGUUUAUCACCUCAAUUCAUCUAAGCCAGUGACAGGAGUGCCAGAGUCAGUCUGCCUGAUCACCGACAUCCCAUCUGUGAAAGAGACACUGCUCCUGGAUAAUAGAAAACUAUCAUCAGAAGCUGUGCUGGAUAAGUCUGACAGUGAUGUGUGGAGGAACAGUAUAGCGACAUGGAAUGAUGGAGAUUCUUCUCAGCCACUUCACUGUGCACUAAAAUAUGGUGGAAUAAAUAUAGUUCCAGAAUAUGACACAGCUGAAACCAUUAAUACAUGCUCGUCACUGUCCAUUGAUGAGAAUUUCCGUACAAGCCCAAGCAUGAAUGAAUUAUCAUUAACAGUUCUGGGAUUGAGGGUUGUUACUGUCAAAGCUAUUGUCUUCAAUCUGAUAAUAACCCUGCGACUUUGGUCUUCUUAAGGAACUGAACAUCUGAACUGGGUACAAACUACAAGGGAAUGUCUAUCUUGCACAUUUUUUUUCUGAGUAUGUUAUUACUCUUGCAAUUAAACUAAAACCAUUCUUGUCAUUCUAAAACUAUAUAUACUGUAUAUGUAUGUAUAUAGUGCCUUCAUCUUCAAGUGAUAGUCAUAUUUUCCUUCAAAUACAUGGAACUAAUUGCACAGUAGGCACAGGAAAAGUAUUGUUAGCUAUUAUGUUUCAUAACAUAUGCAUCAAAGAAUUGGAAAUAUCUAAUAAUGGAAUAAAGUAUCAAGUUCAUGUUUAAUAGAUAACUCACUAUAUAAAUAUGUCAUAUAAACAUUGUAUUAGGUAUCAUACUCAGUAGACUGUAAGUUCAUUUAAGAAGAAACUGUUCACUGUAAGUGCAUAUUGGUAUAUCUUUCUCUAUAACGUACUAUUUUGCCAUUAAAUUAAUUGCUAUGUAUUGUUAACUUGUGUUUGACACCAUUUCCAAGAAUGUUAAAUGUAUAUUUGUUGUAUUAUAUAUGUUGCUUGUGUACAAUGUAAACAUGACUAU